UAGCCGCAACUUAGAUGUCGAGAACAGUCCUACUAACGCAGUGGUUCUGGUACUGCUGGCUGUGCUGCGCACUUCGCUGUCCGAUAAGUAAAAGAGAAGCAUGGUUUGGGCAGCACCGGCAGGCUCCACACACUUUGACAGAUAGAAGCAAGACGGCGAGUGAGAGUGAGUUGGGGAAGAACGGGAGGGUGGGAGAGCCCUCCCCCUGCCAAAUGUCUCGAUGGAUCCACUCCUUCAUAACCCCACUCUUCUCCAGCCUUGCGCAGAUGGCCAACGUGUCCAAACCGGACUGUGAAUCUGCUCACACGGCCACAGGAUGACAAGAUGAGAGCAGAUUAGAAAUUGAACUAUUCUCCCUCUGCUUUGUUUUAUUUAGUGUCUAGUGAAAGCCAAAGUAGUCAAACACCCAGCGCAAGAGCACUUGGCUCCAUAUGAAUGUCUGCCGGUCUCCCAGCGCACAGCGCUGGUGAUGCCAUGCCGCGAAGUCACACCGGCGAUGAGAGCAGCGGCACUGGGCUCUGGCUGAAGACCCCAACAGGACACCGGGCGCAGGACUACGCACUGAAAGAUGUGGAGUCUGGGCAGAGGACGAUGAAUAACGCGGUGCGGGUCGGUGACGGUCUCCUGUCUCCCUCCACGACAGGUGCUGUGGGAUCAGAGAGGAAGCAGGGUGCCCGGCUCAGCCUGCUGGGGAAGCCGCUGAUCUACAGCGCACAGAGCGGCCGCAGGAACGCGCGGUACCGGCGGUUCCAGAACUACCUGUACAAUGUGUUGGAGAGACCGAGGGAAUGGGCGUUCAUCUACCACGCUUUUGUGUUCAUCCUGGUGUUUGGAUGUCUGGUUCUCUCUGUGUUUUCCACCAUCCCUGCUCACCAGGAAUUCUCCACACACUGCCUGCUCAUCCUGGAGUUUGUGAUGAUUGUAGUGUUUGGUCUGGAGUACAUCAUCAGGAUAUGGAGUGCUGGCUGCUGCUGCCGCUACCGAGGCUGGCAAGGACGCCUCCGAUUCGCCAGGAAGCCAUUUUGUGUUAUAGACAUCAUUGUACUCAUCGCCUCUGUUGCCGUGGUUUCAGCCGGCAGCCAGGGUAACAUUUUUGCCACCUCUGCGCUGCGUAGCCUUCGUUUCCUGCAGAUCCUGCGCAUGGUGCGCAUGGACCGCAGGGGAGGGACCUGGAAGCUGCUGGGAUCUGUAGUUUAUGCACAUAGUAAGGAGCUGGUGACUGCCUGGUACAUUGGGUUUCUGGUGCUAAUCUUCUCCUCCUUCUUGGUGUAUCUGGUGGAGAAAGAACUCAACCAGGAGUUCGCCACCUACGCCGACGCUCUGUGGUGGGGCACGAUCACCCUUACAACCAUUGGCUACGGUGACAAGACCCCGCAGACGUGGACCGGACGGUUAUUAUCAGCUGGUUUUGCUCUGCUGGGGAUCUCUUUCUUCGCUCUUCCAGCUGGCAUCCUCGGGUCAGGUUUUGCCCUGAAAGUGCAGGAGCAGCAUCGACAGAAGCACUUUGAAAAGAGGAGGAACCCAGCUGCCAGCCUCAUUCAGUGUGUCUGGCGUAGUUAUGCUGCUGAUGAGAACUCGGUUUCCAUUGCUACCUGGAAGCCUCAUUUGAAGGCGUUGCAUACCUGCAGCCCCGCCAAGAAAGACCAAGGAGAGACUACUUACAGUCAGAAGUUGAGUUUUAAGGAGCGGGUCCGGAUGGCGAGUCCCCGUGGUCAGAGCAUGAAGAGCAGGCAGACGUCCAUCAACGACCGCCAACGCUCUUCCCCUGGCAACGAGGUGGUGGGCGGCGCAGAUCUGAUGGGUGGGAGCCCUGCCAAAGUGCAGAAGAGCUGGAGCUUCAAUGAUCGGACCCGGUUUAGGCCGUCACUGAGGCUGAAGAGCCAGACUCGCACUGCUGUCCCAGAUGUGGACACAGGCAUGACCACAGAGGAUUCCUUUGAUGAGAGAGGCUGCCAUUGCGACGUUACAGUGGAGGAUCUAUCGGCUCCCCUCAAGGCUGUCAUCAGAGCUGUCAGGAUCAUGAAGUUCCACGUGGCAAAAAAGAAGUUUAAGGAGACGUUGCGUCCGUACGAUGUGAAGGAUGUCAUAGAGCAGUACUCUGCAGGACACCUGGACAUGCUCUGUCGCAUCAAGAGCCUUCAGACUAGACUAGACACUGUAGUGGGUCCCCCUCCAAGGCCUUUCAGCAGCCGCGUCAAGACCUUAUCCUCUCCCUCCCUGCAUUUAUAUUAUAGCCAGGCCCGGAGGAAACAGUCUGCACCGGGACUGGCCAGUGCAGCGGGCUCUGGUCCCAGCCUGAGUAGCCGACCAAGGAACAUGUCUUCUCCUGCCCUGCACUAUUAUUACAGCAACCACAGGAAGAAGCUCCCUGGCUCAGGGGUGGAUCAGAUUCUGGGAAAAGGCCAGAUUCCUGUGGAUAAGAAGAUGAGGGACAAACUGCACCCAGAUGGAGACUCUCUAGAGAGCAUGAGCAUGCUGGGACGUGUGUGUAAGGUGGAGAGACAGGUAACUUCCAUUGAAUCAAAAUUGGACUCUUUGCUGGACGUUUACCGCCAAGUCCUACACAAAGGCCCCACAGCACUCACCCUCUCCUCCCUCCCCCUGUUCGAGCUGGACAACCACCAGCAUCGCAACUCUGACUACCAGACCUCCAUCGUUGGCAGGGAUCUACCCUCCCCCCAGAGAGGUGAUCCGACUGGAGGCGGAAGAAAUAACAAUGGGGUUAUACGUCGUUCUCUUAGCGCCAACCCUAGAGGCCUGCGGCUCAUCCUGGCACCCGCUGAGGAUGACGGCCCCCCAGACUCAGCACCUCCAUCCUAUCCCCCGUCAACAGCCUCGCUCUCCCCAUCACCCCUGCUGCCUCCCGAUAGCCCCUACCCAACCUUGCUCACCCCCAACAGUAACUCCAAAAGAGCACACUUUCCUGACCUCCCACCGCCACCUCCCUCAACAGGGGGUUUUACCCUCCGGCUGCCCCCCAUGAUGCAUCCCUCCCACCUCCGAUAUUCCGCUGACCCCGUCCCAGAUGAAAUGACAGAUGGAGUGCCGGUGGAUGAGGGGAGCCUGGGCCCCUCUUUUGUUGUUGGAUCCAGUGUCGAUGCUGAUGAGGAAGGGGACAGUGAGGCAGGCCCUACCCAGGGAAGGGUGCAGCUGCGGGAGAAGACUGGCUUGAAAUCUGAGGGGGUUUGGAGGAGGCACAUGAGCCUGGAGCUUGAUCCCCUGCUGCUGCUCUCGUCUAGCCCAGAAGAGAAGCCUUCAGACUGGGAAGGCAGUCUUGGAAAAUCCCUCUCUGUGAACAAUCUCAACCAGCCUUCGACCAACCAUGCCCCUGGUCUCGCCUCCGUGCUCAACAACAGCAGCAGCAGCAAUGGUAGCAAACGUGGCAAUGCCUACGGUGACCUUAGAAACUGGGAUGGAACAGAACUCUUCAUUAGGGAGUGCAAGCUAGAGCCAACAGAAGAACAUUUCAACUUACUGUCCCAGGGACCUGACAGCAGCCCCUCAGACCUUUUACAGACUGUGGAGGAGGCUGCACCUCACCCCGAGUUUCUCAGUCAGUCCCCACACGUACAGCUGGCAUAACCACACACACACACACACACACACACACACACACACAGACACACACACACACACACACACACACACACACACACACACACACACACACACACACACACACACACACUUGCAUACUGUAUGUACAAACCAUUGUUGGGGAAGCCACUUUCAAAGUAUUUUUACACUCUAUAUAUAUUGUGUUGGAAAUGUCCAAUCAAUGUUUUCUAUAUGGACAUACAAGGUUUCACAUUUUGUCUAACAUGAUUAUAUCCACUCAUUCAUUAUGUUACAUACUUUUUAUAGGGUACUAAAAUUACUUUUAUUAAGAAUAAAAGUAUAAAAUAUGUAUGAAAGUGGGCAUAUUUACAUUAGACAAAAUACACAAACAAUACACAAAUACAAGAUACCUUCAUUUAAGAGAAUUUGCUUUGGUCUUUAUCUAAAGAUAUUUAGAUAUUUAGAGAUUCAUUUUAUUAACUUUUUACAAGAUCAUAUAUUAAUAAAAAAGAUUGAUAAAAUAAAGUUUUGUUUAAAAUAAAGAGCAAGAAAGGGAUGUUACCUGUGAUUUCUGAGCCUAGAUUAGACAUCGAAGUGUAGAAGCACAUCAAAUAAUUUGGUUUACCACAAAAAUAUACUGUGAGUAAUGUUAACUUUCUUUUCAAUUUCAUUUCCAGCAGUCUUACAUUUUAACUUCUGUCUGAUCCUAAACACAAACCAAAGUAGUUUUGGCACAUCACUGAAACAAGCAGGAGUGUUUGUUGUAGAAAUUAAAGGACAUCUGCCUUGUGGCAACCUUGAAAAUUGAAUGAGUGAAUCAAAUCAGAAGGGAAUAGUGUAUGAUUGUCUCACAGCCAAAAAUAGAUGCAAGUUACAAAAGCCAAGAGUGUAGUUUAACCUCAAACAAGCCACUGGAAGCUAUAGGUCAACCACUUCUUUCAUAUGCGCGCGUACACACACACACACACACACACACA